UUAGUGGUGUUUAACAAAUUUAGUCACUUCCGGGCAUAACAAAAAUCCUUGUAACAUAAUUAAAAUAAAUUGAUUAUUUUUCAUUCGUAAUAACAAUAGUUUGGCAGGAGCAUGCCUUUGUAUGAAGGAUAUACUAGCGACAAACAUGUUAUCAUAUUUGAUAUCGGAACAGCGUACACCAAAUGUGGUGUGGCAGGAGAAAUGUGUCCCAGAUGUAUCGUACCAUCACAGUUGAAAGAUGAAAAAACAGGAAAGGUUAGAAAGUUAUGGGAGUAUAACACUGAAGAUGAACUCUUUGAAAACUUGAAAGAUUUCCUGUUUCAUCUUUACUUCAGACAUUUGUUGAUUAACCCAAAGGACAGGCGAAUGGUUGUAUGUGAGUCACUGCUAUGUCCCGCCUCUUUCAGAGAAACAUUGGCGAGGGUUCUCUUCAAACAUUUUGAGGUCGGUUCUGUGAUGUUUGCACCAUGUCAGUUAACUGCAUUGUUAACGCUGGGAACUAGUACUGGGCUUGUGAUGGAUGUGGGCUAUAAUGAAACAUUAGUUGUACCAGUAUAUGAAGGUAUUCCUGUACUAAAGGCUAUACAGUCACUGCCAGUAGCUGGUAAAGCUAUACAUGAAAGAGCAAAGCAGAUUUUGCUGACAGAAGGCAAAGUGAAAACUGGAAGUAUAGAAAAACCUGUCUCAGAACAAAGAGAUUGCCUGACUGAAGAUGUUCUAGAGGACAUUAAAGUGAGAUGUUGUUUUACGACUAAAUUUGAUCGGGCAAAGAAGAUUCACAGAGUUACGAUGUUUGGGGAGAAUGAGAGUAAUCUUCCAACACCACCUCCCAGUGUUCAGUACCCACUAGAUGGAAACAGUAUGUUACAUGUGGAUGGUAAAGUCAGAGAGCAUGCUUGUGAAGUGAUGUUUGAACAAGAUAAUGAACAACAAUCUAUAGCCACACUUAUUCUUGAUGCUAUUGUCCAGAGUCCUAUAGAUAUGAGGAAAGAGCUAUCGCGGAAUAUAGUGAUUAUAGGAGGGACAUCAAUGUUGCCCGGCUUCUUACAUCGUAUACAGCUGGAGCUGCAGAGUCUUAUACAGGAGCCGAGAUACGUUAAUUUUCUAGCUAUUAAAAAAUUUAGAUUUCAUCAACCACCUGCAAAAGCUAACUAUACUGCUUGGCUUGGAGGAUCAAUGUUUGGAGCAUUGGAUACUCUAGCUAGUAAAAGUGUUAGUAGGGACCAAUACAAGGAGACAGGACAACUGUCAGACUGGUGUACACUUUCACAAUUAAAAUGAACCCAACUAUAUUCAACUGUUGAACUUACUGAACCAUGUCUGCAUAUGGAUUUUGUUAAUUUAUUGGUGCAACAACUGCCUACAAACAUCUUGUCAACAAAUAACUGUCAACAAAUAUAUUUCAGAUUGCUUUAACAUGACAUUAACUGCUAUUAAUAAUACUUACUAGUUCACACUUUUGUACGUAAAUAUUAUAAACUGGAACAAAUUUUUAAUAUAUUACAGUCUGUCAUUGGAAGUGUAAACAAUUUCCAUAUCAGUAUGAUAAUUUGAGUAGAUAAGUGUAUUUUGACUAGUCAGAAUGCUUGAAAACACAGACUGUCUUUGCCAUUUACUAGUGGCUGUAGCAAGUCAGUUAGCUUUAAGUUAUGUGGCAGAAGGUGUAUUAAAUUUUAUUUAUUAGGUUUCAGAGAACUCAGAAGUGAAGUUUGCUUAAAUAUUUUUACUUUAUUAAAAGUGGUACUUGGAUACUAAUAAGAUAUUAUUCAUUUGUAAGUUUAUGUUAAUGUAUGCCAUUAUUUAACCUUUUUUAAGUUUUUUUUUUAAAUGUUUUAUGGAGCUGGGUUUUAAAAGUUAGAAGUUGAUUUUCUGGAACUUUCAAAAGUUGUUGCAUUUCAGUUGGUAUUAGGUAAUUUCUCAGUCAAGUUAUCACUGUCACUAUUCAUUGAUGUGUCAUUCUCGUAUGCUGUAUGCUGAAAAUCUUUAUUUCACUUCUUUUUACGUGAGUUUAAAUAGGGAAAACAAAUCAAAGUGGAGAGCAUGUCCAAACAUCAUGGUCUAUAUUCUAAAAAAAAUUUUAACUGUCAGUUUAUACAAAAUUUUCAACUUUAUUUUAGAAGUCAGUUCAUAUCAGCAAUGUAUGAACAUAACCUUAACUGUAUGGUAGUGACUUAUAAUGCAACCAAACAAAAAAGAAAGUUUUAAACCCUUCAAAAUUGUAUUAAAAGCCAAAUCAAUGUAACGGAAUGAAAAAUAUUUUAGUUUCCCCUAGAUAUGAUCUAGAGAGAGGUUGUUGUUUUCUCUCCACCACUCGUAAGUAAGAAAUCUUAAGAAAGUCUUGCAUUUAGGAGAGAUUUGUGUUGACAGUGAUUGGUGUGAGGGAGACAAUUUGUUGCUAUUGAGAUGUAUACGACAGUCACCUCUUGUCUCCGACGAUGAACCGUAUGUCAGCGAAAUUAAUCCCGCGAGAUUUUGUCCUGAUAGUUGUUUAUAGGAAAACAAAGACAUGUGAUGAAGGCUGGAGAGGAAUGGAAAUUAGAUUAUUUCUAGUUGAAUGCAUGCUCAGCAAUCCUACACUCUCAAUUAAGUAAAUUGUAGAGGAAGUUUAAUGGUGGAAUGAUUGUUUUGUGAUGAAAAAGUGCAUUUGAUACUGUCAAACUUGUGGGUCAUUGUAGCCAAUGAAUAUGUAAAAGGUCACUAUCUUUUUAGGUUCAGUAAAAUCAGUUUGUUAAAAAAAUCAAUAUUUUUUGUGCUAUUUGAUGAUUAUUUAUACAAUCUCAUAUAAGUAUAUAUUUAUUUAUGUUUAACAAAUCUCUAUUAAAAAUUUAUCUCUUCUUUUAAAUAUGUCUUUUCAUAGUGUAAGCAUACCUUAUAGAGAAAUAACUUGUUUUCAAAGACUUUGUUAUGGAUAGGUGGUAAUUACAGAGAAACUUGUACAUAAUUUAGCCUUUUGAAAAUUAAAAUUGCAAAUACAAAAUUAAUACAAGUCUUAUGUCAUCAUCAUUGUGAU